GGCACAAUGUGGCUGUCGAGGAUAAUACGAUGCUUGGGUCCGCCUUCGCAGUGUUCGUUCCUUUCAGUCUCUGUGCUCCUCCACCUUCGAGUUCUCAUGUUAUGACAUAAGUCACUCGUGACAGUCCUUACCGCAAAAAUCGUUCCGUCAUGAUGGGCGACUCUUCAUUCUUUCAGAGACGCCCAGCGUCCUCUGUGGCUGCUGUUGCAUUUAUCGUUCUGGUUUUUCUGAUUUACUUAUCCGCCAGCCCCUCUACCAUCUCCAGUGCAUCCUCCUGGCACGAGAACCUUCGAGGCGCCUUGAGCGCUUCAGCGGCCUCUCCGCCCUGGUUGAUCGCCACAAUUUCAACGGCAAGUCAUAUGCAGCGACGGCAAAUCAUACGUUCGUCAUGGCAGACACUGUUUCGGAACGAUAAGGUGUUCGAAACUCGCUUCGUGCUCGCGAAGCCGGACCCUCUCUGGCUACCGUUCAUUGAGAAAGAGAACGCGACAUUUGGAGACCUUAUCAUUCUCGACCACGAGCACGAAGACCACUUGUGGGCGAAUCGGGUUAAGACCAUGGAGUUUUUCAAAUAUCUGGGUGCAAAGUAUGACCACGCGAACUGGACGUUCGUAUCUAAGAUGGAUGAAGACUCGUGGAUAGACGCCAAGCACUUUUGGAAGGACUGGCUAGAGCCACGAAUUGAGAACAACAAUGUCACCGGCACCUACAUUGGUCGACCAAUUAAGAAUUGGGCAAAGUGGGAUUAUAUGAGUGGUCAAUUCUACACUCUGAGUCGCGAUAUGGUCAAGCUUUUGGCAAAGCUCCACGAGGAAAACUACAUUGCCGACGAACAUGAGGACGUCCUGGUUGCUCGGUUGAUGGCCGAAGCUGGUAUUGAGUACACCUUAACCGAAAUGUCUACACAAGUUGCCUUCGACUACUACGACGACAAGGCAAGAGGCGACGGCACUGCAUGGGCGCCAGAAGAUCAAGACUUGAAUGUGCUGGGACACGCUAUGGCUCCUGGCGCGUUGAACCCACAUAUGUUGAAGGAGGAUGAGACCUAUCUGCGUGUAGCAGCGUGCUACGACAAGAAUGGACUCAAGCUAAGGGAUUACUGGUCGAAUUACAAGGCAACUGCUUCGUGAAAGCUUGUUACGGAUCGAUCGAGUGGUCCAUUCAUGUAUCGGCGAGCUUCAAUCCUGCAUGUACACAAUUUGCCUUAGCAAUUUUUUUGCUUGGGGUGUAUCUUCUUUUUUGCGUCCUCAUUUAGCGACUGGAAACGAAACUUUACGCUUUGUGCUGCGGCUUAAUCUUUUUGUGCUGAGGUCCACUUGGCCGUUUUCAUUUAACCUGUGUUCGAACUCAAACCGUUUUAAUUUUUUUUCAAAAACUUUUUCUCCUCCUGUACAGCGAGCACACAACUGU